CAAGCAUAUUCCUCUGAUCUUCAAUUGCCUUAAAGUUUCAACGAAUUCUAAACAGUAAUUUCAUCUCAUCAUAGAAUUUUAAAUCUAAUCUCUUAUCUUUGUCUAUUCAAAAUUUUCUUUUGAAAUUUUUAUUUUGGGGAGAAAGGGGAGACAAAUGGUGGGAGGAGGAAGCAGGUGGGACGAAGGAUCUGUGGUGAUAACUAGCACAAACGUGUUUGCGGCUCUCGAAACUCUCAGAAAGAAGAAGAAAUCUGACAAGGACCGACGUUCUAGAAAAUCUUCUUCCAAGUCUCAGCAACAGAAGUCUCAACAAGAACCAGAGUCGCAGGUCUUUUGGACUCCGGCACCUCUCACAGUCAAGUCUUGGGCGGAUGUCGACGACGAAGACGAUGAUGAUUUUUAUGCCAUGACCGCUCUGCCUCAGUCCGUCUGGGGGACCUCUGAACCUUCUCAAAAUCAUGAAGAAAAAACAGCUAGCGUAGAGGAUAGUGAGAGUGAAGAAGAUAUUUUAGAUGAAGGUGAUGAUGAUAUGAAUGAAGAUCAUGAUGAAGAACCAGAGAUUCAAGUACAUCCAGAGCCUAUGCUAAAAAGGGAUCUUGAAAUUCCUGCACCACCCAAAGAGGCAGAAAGACAACUUUCAAAGAAAGAGAGGAAGAGGAAGGAACUUGCAGAGUUGGAUGCUCUUCUUGCAGAUUUUGGAGCUACACAGAGGGAGAGCUACAGCCAGGAUGAGUCACAUGGUAAUUUUAACCAACUUGAUGUACCACAAGAAAAGAAAGAAAAUCCUCCCGGAGAGUCUAAAAGUACCAAGAAGAAGAAAAAGAAAGAUAAAUCAAAGGAGGGAAAAGAAAUUCAGGAUCAGCCCAGUAGUACAGAUGCCACCAAUGGGCCUGAUGCUGCUGCUUGGAAUGAGCAGACUGGGGAGAAUGCAGCUGCUGUUGAUGUGAAGGAGCGGCUAAAGAAGGUGACAUCUAUGAAGAAGAAAAAAUCUAGCAAAGAGAUGGAUGCUGCCGCAAAAGCUGCUGCACAAGAGGCUGCUGCAAGAAGUGCGAAGAAGAAAGAGAAGAGCCGGUACAACCAACAGCCAGUACGGUAAAGCCCCAUUUUUGUUUGGCAUACAUAUAUAUGAACAUGCAUUUCUCGUUGUUCAUAUGAAAAUUGAAAUAAACAGAUGACCUUGCUUUCUUUGAAAACCUUGGACCGUUUAGUUGUACUUGAGUUGACUU